UGGAGUUUUGGUUUUGGAGCAGUAGUAGUAUCUGCCCCUCGCUGGUUUCCGACGAACGGGGAGGGAAAAGUAUGGCGACGAGCGGCUUCGGAAAUACGCUGGACCGGCUCUAUUUUUGUGCGGAGUUAUUUCAUUUCGUGGAACAUGCUUGGGGAUUCGUCAACCGGCAACUCUGACGCUUUACAUCGCAGUCUGACUGACUACAGGGGGGGGGGUGUGUGUGUGUGUGUCAAUGAGUGAAUUGCGGAGUAGUUGAAAGAGUGGGGGGAAGAUCCUCAAGGGAUGAGAGACUGUGAAGGGAAAUCAGAGCAUCAUGUUACGCUAGUAACGGUUAAACUUAAAGUAAUCCAACAGAUGGUGCUGGCAGAGCAGUCAGAGGAACAGUUCACACAAGUCACGCACAUCAGCCCCAUCAUCACCGAGUGGAAUUCAUUGUACAGCGCGGUUACUUAGCACUGAGUAACUUCCGUCAGGGAGGCCAUUACUGUGGAAGUAAACCGGAGCUUCUCACGGUAAUCGCUAGCGGAGAGGCGUUUCAGUAUUGCAGAGAAAAAUUCCCCUCGGGGACAGAGCCUCGCAGGUGCAGCAGGCCAUACCUGGCUGCCUCCAAUCUCUCUCGCCUUCUUUACUUCUCCCUGGCUCGCUUGUCGCCUUGGUCUCAUUGUUUGGCAGGACAACCGCUCCGUGCUUCUUCGCCGUUGUUCUGUCUUUUUCCCCUAGUUUCGAUUUUGAGGAGAGAUGGAGUGGUCAUUUGAUCUGUAGGUUUACGUUGAGCGUGCGGAUAAUUCAGUGUCACCUAUGCAUCGAGCGGUCAAGAAGGACGUGAACUGAAUAGUCAGGAUUCUAAUUCCGACGUUUUGAAAUAGUGGUGUCGUUGAUUUCUUUCCUGAAGAGGAGCGGUUCGUGUUCAGAGCUUGGGUUGUGAUCAAUAUUGUCGAGGUUGUGUGGUGGCGGAUGACGGCACGUUCCUGGUGUGCUUAAGCGACUAGUUUGAAACUUUUGGGCUCCUUGGUUGACUUGCUCAAUUCGGUUGAGCGGUCUCGUGGUUUUGGCAUUGGUGGUUGAUUGUUGCGGAGGGAAUUCGUGGUGUGUUUGGAGGUUGUGGCGCCAGAGGUUUCGCGCAUGUUGGUUCAAGGAUUGUUUUGAUUAUCGAUUGACUUGCUAGAAUAGUCUCCUGGCGAGAAAGACCGGAAGAUCCACGGAAGACUGCAGACACUCUGAAGGGACUUAACGAUCUCGCGGUGGUUUCUGACGCUUGAUUGCAACGAGUGUAUCGUAAUUUCCAGCUGAGAUGCUCGUGAAGCCUGGUGUACAUGUGGGAAGGAGCCAUGGGUGUCUUUCAAUCUGACGGAAUAGAGGAGGUGCAACAGGUUAAGAAGCAAGGAGUCCAUCACGGUGAUUGGAAUUCUGGGGAGGCAUGGCUGCGACAGGCGCAACACUUGACAUCACUAGCGGUAACGGAUGCGGCAUUAGUUAAGGCAUUUCUUGGGCGCUGGAAAGCUAUUGAGAAUCGGUUGUUGCAGCUGCCUGCUCUUCUCACUGAGAUGUCACACCUUCAUUGUUUGUCCGACAACGCUGUCUGCAAGGAAGUCCUGAAGACCAUCAUCGAGACAUUGGAGGAAGCUCGUAGCCUAGCAAUGAAGUGUACAGAAUUAAGUUUCGGUGGGAAGCUACACACUCAGAGUAACUUGGACUCCCUUUGUGGCAAGCUUGAUAUUCACAUCCACGAUUGUCAGUUGAUGAUUACAAGUGGUAUUAUGCAAGAAAAUCCGUUGGCGAUUUGCCGAGUCACUCCAGAGUCGACGCGGGAGGCCAUCCGGUGGACCAUAAGAGACCUUCUCGCUCAUCUUCAGAUUGGAAGUGUGGACUGCAAACAAAGAGCGCUUGACAGUAUGCUUCGGCUUAUGGCGGACGACGACAAGAAUAUUCUAAUGGUUGCUGGCCAGGGUGCAGUGACAACCCUCGUGCAUCUUCUAGACGCCAGCCAGCCUGCAAUUAGGGAAAGAGCAGCAGCUGCCAUCUGCUUUCUCGCUUUAAACGACAGUUGCGAGCAUGCGGUAGUUGCGGAAGGUGGCAUUGCCCCUCUUGUUCGUCUCUUGGAUUCUGGUAGUCCACGGGCUCAAGAGAGGGCAGCAGCCGGAUUACAGGGCUUGUCUAUUUCAGAUGAAAACGCCAGGGCGAUUGCAACGCAUGGAGGAGUUCCUGCAUUGAUAGAAGUUUGCCGAGCCGGUACGCCAGGUGCGCAAGCCGCUGCUGCUGGAUCUUUACGGAACAUUGCUGCAGUUGAAGAACUUCGAAGUGGCAUUGUGGAAGAUGGCGCUAUUCCGAUUGUCAUCAACUUAGUGUCUUCUGGGACGGCUAUGGCGCAAGAAAAUGCCGCGGCUACGUUGCAAAAUCUCGCAGUCUCCGACGACAGCAUCAGAUGGAGGAUCGUAGAAGAUGGAGCUGUUCAACCGUUGAUUAGAUACUUGGAUUGUUCCUCGGAAGUGUGUGCCCAAGAAAUCGCCUUGGGGGCAUUGCGCAAUUUAGCAGCGUGCAAAGAUAACAUCGAUGUCCUCUGUAGUGCCGGCUUGUUGCCCCGCCUCGUAAGUUGCAUUCGUACUGGAUCGAUAGUUUUGCAACUGGUGGCAGCCGCUGCGGUAUGUCACAUGUCUUGUUCCAUGGAGGCUAGGCUAUCGUUGGGCGAAACUGGAGUCAUAGGCCCAUUGGUAAAACUUUUGGAUGCUAAGUCCAACACGGCUCAGGAAUAUUCUGCACAGGCCUUGGCUCUUCUUCUCCUUGUCGAAGAGAACCGAAAGCUCUUUUUGGCUGAAGAUUGGGGCAUCGUCGGAUUAGUGCUGAUGUUAGACACUCGUUUUCAGGAGGUUGGUAAACAAUAUCCAAUUGCGGCACUACAGGCUCUUUCGGGAAGUGCAAAAUGCAGGAAACAGAUGGUGACUGCCGGUGCUUGUUACCAUUUGCGUCAGUUGUCUGAAUUGGGAGUCCCAGGUGCUAAAAGACUGUUGGAUCGAUUGGUCGCUGGCAAGUUCCGAAGUAUCAUCACCAAGACUCUAUUGAUGAAUUCGUUUCACAAUUGAUCGUCGUAUUCAUCUUCAGUCGCGAACUGGAAAGGGGACUACACAGCAGAAUCUUUUUUCAGCACCAUGAUUAUCAAUAAGAACUUAAUUUGCAGGUAACUGAAGCCCUGUGCUGGAUAACCAUAAAGUUGUGCCAUAGAUACACACUGACGCUGUUCUGCGAGUUCAUGCAGGAAGCAAUACGUAGUUAGAUCUGGGGACAUUCAUUCAAUACCCCGCUGAUUAUUGGAACGAGAUGUAAUAUAUCGACAUAGGAAACGGGGGCCAGCUAUUAUGAGCCGCCGCAUUAGGUCAGUAGGAUUAAAGCCUCCUCCUUUGUAGACUGAGGAGCCACUGUGCAGUUAGUGUGAGACUAUGAAGCAGCCGACUAAGGCAAAUGUUGCGCUUGUACAACAUUAUACAGAUCCCUUCCUAUCUUUUUCCUUUUUUGCUUCGCUUUC